AUGACGGAAAUCGAGAAUGAAAAAUCAGAAGUAAGUUUAGAUGACAAAGCUUAUUAUAGAAUUGUUAAUUGCAUUCGCCAACAUAGAGAGAUUAUCAAUUUUGUCGAUCAGAUUGAAUUUAUAUAUUCAACAUAUUUCUUUCUUCAAUUAGGUUACAAUAUGAUUAAUAUGAGUAUUACGGGUACACAGAUAGUAUUAUAUGCUGAUGUAUUAUUAGAAUUUAUUAGAUUAACCAUGUUAGCUUCAGCGCAACUUCUUCAUUUAUUUUUUGAAUGUUGGCAGGCACAACAAUUGAUAGAUCACAGUGCUUUAGUACACGAUUCGAUAUGCAAAGCUGCGUGGUAUUUCACCUCGAUGAAAUCAAGAAAGCUAAUCAAAAUAAUGUUAAUUAAAAGUUUGGAAACCUCAAAACUCACAGCUGGUAAAUUGAUCGUCUUAUGUUUAGAAUGCUUUGCUAUGAUCCUCUAA